AUGCUCUCGAUCUUGCGAAAAGCUCGUCUUAAGGACAAGGAGAUGCGUAUCCUGAUGCUGUCAUCUAGGGGUCUCGACAACGCAGGAAAGACGACAAUAGUUAAAAAGAUCAUGGGUGAAGAUGUUAACACAGUUAGCCCUACUUUGGGCUUCAUCAUUAAAACUAUCAACUAUGACGGAUACAAGUUGAACAUAUGUAUGUUGUUAUCUAUCUGUGUGCCCUUGGACGACCAUCUGACUAUUGCAGGGGACGUGGGUGGCCAGAAGACGUUGCGGUCAUACUGGCGCAACUACUUUGAGAAGACAGAUGCAUUGAUAUGGGUAGUUGACGCCACGGACCGGUUGAGAAUACAAGAUUGUAGAGAGGAGCUUCAUGGCCUCUUGCAAGAGGAGCGACUAUCCGGAGCUAGUCUUUUAGUAUUUGCCAACAAGACAGAUGUCAACGGGUGCAUGGAUGAGCAGGAAAUCCUAGAGGGGUUGCAAUUAGAAUCGAUUAGAACACAUGGUUGGCACAUUCUGCGGUGCAGUGCCAUGACGGGCGCCAAUCUCAAAGAAGGCCUAGCGUGGGUUGUGGAAGAUGCAAAGAAGAGGCUAUUCCUGUAUUGA